AUGGCGGUGGCGAUGCUGCGCGACUGGUGCCGGUGGAUGGGCGUGAGCGCGCGCAGGGGCCUGCUGGUGUUGGGCAUCCCGGAGGACUGCGAGGAGGCCGAGGUGCACGAGGCCCUGGAGGCCGCGCUGUGGCCACUGGGCCGCUUCUCCGUGCUCGGGCGGGUGUUCCGCGAGGAGGACAACGCCGCCGCGGCCCUGGUGGAGCUGGCCCAGGAGGUGGACUACGCGCUGGUGCCCCGAGAGGUCCCGGGCAGCGGGGGGCCCUGGCGCGUGGUGUGUGCGCCCCGAUGCUCGGGCGAGGAGGUUCUGGGCCGCGUGUUCCACUUCCUCGAGCAGCAGGGCCAGACGGUGGAGAGUGUGGCUGGCGCCCUGGGGCUGGGGCUGCGGCGCGUGUGCUGGCUGCGCUCGGUCAGCCAGGCGGUUCAGCCCUGGGUGGAGACCGUGCGCUACCAGCGCCUGGGCGUGUUCUCUGGGCGCGAGGAGCCGGGCCCGGGGGAGGAGCCCUUCGAGGCCUGGCUGGACCACGCCAGCGACAUGCUGCACGUGUGGCAGGCGGUCUCGGAGAGGGAACGGCGGCGGCGGAUACUCGAGGGCCUGCGCGGCACAGCCCUGCAGCUGGUGCACGGGGUCCUGGCUGAGAACCCCGCGCGCACGGCGCAGGAGUGCCUGGCCGCCCUGGUUCAGGUGUUUGGGGACACGGAUUCUGAGGCGGCCACGCGGCUGAGGUGUCUGACCGCUCAGCAGAGGCGGGGCGAGCGCCUCUCUGCCUUCGUGCUGCGGCUGGAGGUCCUGCUGCAGAAAGCCAUCGAGAAGGGGGCCCUGGCCAGAGCCUCGGCCGACCACUUGCGCCUGAGGCAGGUGCUCACCAAGGCCACCCUCGUGGAGCCGCUGGACGAAGCGCUGCGGAAGCUGAGACUGGUCGGGAGGGCCCCCAGUUUCCUGGAGAUGCUGGGGCUCGUCCGGGAAUCUGAGUCGUGGGAAACGACUCUAUUCAGGAACGAGAGGGCCCAGGCAGAAGAAGGGCCUGGGCCCGGGGGCCGGGCAGAGGCCAGAGCUAACCCUGGGGCUGAGGGUGACAAGGCGGUGGUGGUGGAGGGGGGCGGACAUGUCCCUGCCCCUGCCCCUGCCCCUGCCCCUGCCCCUGCCAGCAUAGGGCAGGCAGGGCCUGCAGAGGCCCCCGGAGCCAAUGUGGGCAGCGCCCCAACCCGGGUGGGCAGUGUUUCUGGGGCAGGCCCGGGAGCCCUAGGCUGUGGGCCGGAGGGCCCUGCCCAGGCAGGAGACCCAGAGGCCAUGGAGGCCGAGGAGCCCCCCGACGAGCGGCUCCAGCCCAUCUUGGAGGAGUCAGAAAACGAAGGCGAGGCUGGCGACAUGAGCCUGCCCGAGUCCUCCUCGUCGGACCAGUAG